AUGUCAAAACAACACAGUGAACCAGACUUCAAUCCAAGUUCCGUGGUUUCAUGCUUCAUUUUCUCAGCUGAAAAGGCCAACCCACAGGUCGCCUUGUUUCGACACACGAAUAUUUCGGGAAACAUAGACGCACAUGAAACACCACUGGCGGCUGCAUGGCGGGAAAUAAAGGAAGAAACCACGUUGACUUCCCAACACCUCGAAUUCUGGCGGUAUGGAAGGCCAUAUCCUUUUAACGAUACUAGUGCAGGACGAAAAUGCAUGGUGCAUCCCUUCGCAUUUCGGCUUAGGCACAACGAGCAAGAUGGCCUGCCUGACAAAAUAAAUUGGGAGCACAAGUCCUGGGAAUGGCACGAUCCGGGAAAAGUCGUGGAUGGUGAUAUUCUCGGCGAUGUCCCUCACCUAGCAGAAAGCCUUGGACGAGUCUGGUUCGAAAGAGACAUGAAUCAAGGGGCGAGCGAAGCAUUACAAUCCUGUCUAGAAGAGCUGCAGGUGAAUCAACAGAGCGGAUCCCACGAACUGACUUCCCUCGCACUGAAAGGAUUUCGCGAUGUGUUGGUGCAUCUAAAGGACGAUCCGAGGUGGUGGGACACUACCCGACUGGCAGCAUGGCACAUAUGGAUCAACGGUGGCCAGAGUAUAAGCAUUGGUACCUUGAACGCCUUACUAGCGACUCUGGAUGAUAUAGAGGAUGUAUAUGACCGCGAUAUCGACAACGAGGACAGAUGGGAUUGUACCCUUGCCGUACUAGAUUAUCACCUGGAGAAGCAUCGCAUGCUUCCAUCGCACAUUCAAGAUUCUUUCAUCAAGUAUCUGCAGACGCACUUGAUCCCUAAAGAGAAUGCGCAAUCGCAGAAGCUCACCAUUCUCACUCUGUCAGCUAACGCGACUAUUCGAGAUAGUUUGUUGGAUGUUCUUGCGUCAACACCCAUCUCCCAUCUGGAUAUACACAUUCUCGAGUCUCGUCCCCUCUUUGAAGGCGCUAGCAUGGGCUCGUCUUUACUCGCCGAGUCCCAGGCAAAAUUCACAUCAUCACCAGAUCAAGUUGUGAAAGUCACAGUGCACACAGACGCUUCUGCGGCUCUAGCUUCUGCCAAUGUGGACUUGGUUCUUCUGGGCGCGGACCUGAUUUCCAGCUCGGGAUGCGUGAGCAGUAAGACUGGAUCAUUGCCAGCGGUGCUCAGUGCGAAAUAUAUUAGUCCGAAUGCUAAGGUCUUGAUCCUUAGUGGGAUGGAGAAAGUCUCAGAUAGGGAUAGGGAAGACUUCUACGUGCAGGAAUGUGAUACUGCUGAAGUGAUGAGCAGCUGGCUUUAUAGUGGCAUCAAGGGAGUGAAUAUUCUUCAGGGAUUGCGGGAAAUUGAUGGACCUUCGGAAUCCACAACUCAUGUGGACAAUGUUUAUUUUGAGUGGGUCUCGGCAAAUCUCAUCGAUGGGUAUGUUUGUGAAGAUGGGACUGUUGAUGUCGCGACAAUUAAGCAUAAGGCACAAGAGGUGAAGGAGAGGGCAGACAGAUAUUUCGGGAAUUUGUAA